CUCCUCAGUGAGAAUUACCAUCUCCAGCCCCAGUCUUCCCACACCCCAGGGGUCGGUGGUGACUGGGAUUGCGGAGGCUGCUGAAACCAAGAACGAAAAUGUUGUUCAUCUUCAGAUUGUUCCUCAAACCGAUGUGGGAGAAGGACAGGAAACGGUGGGGCCACUUCAGAGCAGAAAGGCCCAGAAGCCAAAGCGGAUGGGACCCAGCCCAAUCCCAUCGAAAUGCUCAGAAGGAUGCAGUCACCGCUUAGACAGGCUCCCAGAGUCUGGGUGCAGAAGUCUGCCGGGAUGGGGCUGUCUUCCCGGUUCCUUCCUCUCCCGCUCCUGCUGCUCCUGUUCCUCCAGCCCUGGGCAGGGACAGGAGCCUCCAGGGACCUGAUCGGGGCCGUGUGGGGGUCGGUCACCUUCCCCCUGGACAUCCAGGCUAGGCGGCAGGUCAAGUGUAUCAAGUGGACUUCCGAUGGGGACAUCGCCACGGUGAUUCCAGGAGGACCAGGAAAGCCUCCUAGGAUCGUCGUCACCGCUCAGCAAUACAUGGGACGACUGACUGUCUCCACCAACCUCACCCUGACCAUCAGCCCACUGAGCCUGAGGGACACGGGAACCUACAGAGCCGACGUCAACACUGCUGACACCACCACCACCACCCAGUUCUCCCUACGUGUCUACGAUCGGCUAGGGCCACCCACAGUGACAGUGAACUCCACGGUGUCUGACAACGGCCGCUGUACCAUCACUCUGACCUGCUGUGUGGCCACGGGAGAGAACGACGUGACCUUCAGCUGGAUGCCCCUGGGGCCCGGGACCACCGUGUCCCCUGAUGGUUCUGUCCUCAGCAUCUCCCAGAGGCCCAGAGACCCACCCCCGCUCUACACGUGCACGGCCACAAACCCCAUCAGUGGCAGGUCCCGCACCGUUCCCGCUUACUGGAAUCUCUGUCCAGAUCCAGUCCCAGAACAGGCCAGACUAGUGAUGCCCUUCUCCCCGGUGAUGUGGAUGCUCGUGUCCAAGGGGUUUCUCCUCCUCAUGCUCCUGGGGGUCCUGGGGACCAGGCUCACUUUGGGGCAGCCCCACCGCGACCACCAAAGGGACCCGAGAGCGGGAGCAGGAAGUGAAAAAGCAGGGUGCCCGCUUUCCAGCUGUAGCCCCAGUGUGACGGGGACCCCGGGGUGCCCUGCUGUCCUGCCGACAGAACUGUGGACCUGGGGACUCUGUCCAUCUCGGGGCCAUUCCCGGACCCCUGAGGCCCCAUCUCCACCAAGCCCUCAAAACUGACGGGGGUGGGACCACCAGCACCUCUCCUUUCCUUCCUCUGAGGAAGAGGGUCAGGAAAUGGUCUCCAGGGAAGAUGUGAAGCAGCGUGACCUAAUGGAAAGAUCCCAGGCCUGAGAGUCAGAAGAA